AUGUCGCAGUUCCAUUUGGAUGUAAGAAGUCGUCGCUUGUUUCUGAAUAAUGCCUCAGAGGUAGUGAAGAGCACUGAGCUGAUGGACUUAAAAAUGAAGAAUGGUGGAAUUUUGCUGCACAAUUACUGGCGUGGUUGCCCAGAAUUUGCACCUCUCAGUUGGCAUGAAAAGGGUGAACGGAGUGUUGUCCGGGUGACAGAUUGUGCAGAAGUGCUCUUCUACAUCAUGUUGGAACUGAUGGGUUUGAUGACAUGGCGUGGCCUUAACAAGGAUGAG